GCGAAAGUUGUUGGGAUUAGCAAAAGGAGGAAGAGGUAAAAGGAAGUAAAAAGGUGAGAGAAGGAAACGUGAAGCCAGGAGAUAAAAGGCCAGUGAGCAUAAGGGGAGGGAGAAAGCUGAACUGGGAGUUGGGAAAUUAAGAAUUGAAUGAAGGUUUUUAAGUGGUGUGUGUUGGGAGACAUCUAGAUGUGGUAAAAUAGAGGGAAAAAGAGGUAAGGGAUAUACCAGGCAAAGGACGGCUUAGAGCUUAGGGAAGCACAUAGCUUGAGAACAAAAGAAAAUGAGAAUUGCAGAAAGAAUGUGAUGGAGUGUAAGGCAAGAGCAGGAGAGAAGAAGAUAAAAGGGAAAGAAAGAGGAGAGUGUGAACGAGAGAGACACUGAGCGAGUCAGCCAGUCAGACCUGCAAUAAGAAAUGAGAAUUUGAGAGAGACAUUGAUGGAGUAAAAGAUAGUGACAGACUUAGGGAGAAAGAACAAGGUGAGAGAGGAAAGGAGGAUAAAAAGGGAGACCAGGCAUAACCGAGAGAAUACGGUCAGUGGAAUAAGAAAGAAUGUAAAAUCAAGACGAGGAGAAUCAAUAGACAAUCAGGGGGAACUAGAAGAAAAAGAAAACUACAAGAGAAGAAACAGCGGAAAGGGAUAGCUAGAGCUCAGCAGGGAACAGAAACCGGUGGAGGCACCAAAGAGAAUGUCAUGCCAAAAUAUUGCAGGUAAAAUAAAACAGUCUGCUAUUACCAAUUUAUUCUAGGGGUUCAGUGCACAUCUAGUUUUUUAAUCCCAUAACAGGGAGUUUAAACUUGGAGGCAGACAUAGGGAGGGCAUAUAGGCUCAGCGUCUAAGGGCAACCUACAAGCACUUGUUAUAUAUUCAGGGUUCCCAGCUCUACAGCCUAUUCCGCAGGCUAUCCUAUUAUUAAGCUCCUCACCUCUCCAUCGCUAGUUCCAUGUUGAGAGUGCAGAAGGCCUAAAGACACCUCAGGAGGUAUGGAGACCCAUCAUCCUGGGGCAUUUUUGCUCCCACCCUACUCUACCGAAAUGAAAUCUUCUGGAUGCCAGUUUCCAGCACAUACUCCCUUCCACAAAUUAAACCCCUCGGUAUUAGGAUGUCAUCUGCCAUCAGGGACACCACACGGCAUUUCAGACAUACUUAGCAGACCACUACCUGCUUCACAUAGCGGCAUGUUCCCAGGAUACCCCACAGUGCAAGGAUAUGGAAGUUCUUCAGUACCGGGAAGUUGUUACGGAGAACAGGGCAGCAUUUUGACAAAGAGUGGGACCCCAUACACCAACCAGAGCCGAGGAUGUUGGACAGACAUUGAACAGGACUGGAGAGGAGGGAAUCGGGCUCUAAGCAGUGUAAGCAACACAGAAGGAUCUUCUCGAAAGAAGCACACACGGCCCACAUUCACUGGCCAUCAGAUCUUUGCUUUAGAAAAGACGUUUGAACAGACAAAAUACCUAGCAGGUCCGGAACGAGCCAGGCUAGCCUUCAGUCUUGGAAUGAGCGAGUCCCAAGUUAAGGUUUGGUUUCAAAACCGACGCACUAAAUGGCGCAAGAAAAGCGCAGUGGAAACCCCCGGACUUCCUUCUCUGAGUACACGAGGCCCCGGGGACCUAACCCCUUCUGAGAAUGAGGAUGAUGAAUACAGCAAACCACUGGAUCCUGAUUCAGAUGAUGAAAAGAUCCGCCUGUUACUUAGAAAACACCGUGCAGCCUUCUCCGUUCUGAGUCUGGCAUCUCACAACCUGUAACCAGAACCCAACAAAUAUUACUUACCCCACCACCCAGUAUGACUAAACCUGUACCACCUAACCCAUUGCCAAAUGAAAAAAGGGUAUCAUACUAAAGCUAUGAUCUGCCUCUGUUGUUUUUCAGUUCAGAAGGUUAAGUUCACCUUCACAAAACUUUUAUUUUUUUUUUCUAAUAAAAAAAAUGACUUUUUUGUUCCAGUUUAAAGUAUACCCAGAUGCAGAAUCCUGUUUUAGGGUAUGUGAUGAGCCUAAGGUCACACGUAGCACUGUUAUGGCCAUAGGAGAUUGCCUCUCCUGCGGGUGACAAAUGCCCGAAUGAGAGAGAAUGAGAACCACUGCAUGUAACACUUUGCUUGCGGAUAUCUGUCUUAAUCGCAGGGAAAUGUGGAAGAAGGCUGUAGGACAUAGAGAAGUCAGACACUGGGAUGGGAAUGCUUCUAUUGUACAGGAGGCCAAUCCCAUUUCCCAAAAUAGCGCCUGUUAUUGCCCUAACAGUGGAGGCUUUUGUUUACAAGAGUUGGAACCAGAAAAAAUUACACCCAAAUAUCUACUUGUACUAAGGCUGCCACAUAUUAUCCCUUUGUACCCCCUUAUAAUUAUUAUAUAUUUAUUAUUUGGUAACUAUUUCCACGUUAUUAUAGACUAAACCAAUGGAUAUCAAAACAAACUGCUAGCCAUAAAAUUGUUGUGCCUGACAAGUUGUUAUUGUGCUACAUACAGAAUACUUAUUGACUCAUAGUAUUUGUCCCGUAUGUGGAUACAUUGCUUCUCCUGUCCCAAAACCUUCUGCAGUGAUACAAACCAACCCAUAUUAACGAAUACCACAUCCCAAUAUAUGUGCUGAUCUUCCUGUCACGAGCCAACAUAUACACUUCUUAUAUUCCGUCGUCACCUGAAGUCUAAAGCAAAUGCAAAAAUCUGCUGAUACUGUAUAUAUUUCAGAUGCUGUAUUCGAAGAGGAUUUGUAGUGACUGAUACAACUCCCUAAAGUAUUAAAAACUGCUUCU